AUGAUGAUCAAGGAAGCCAAAAAACUCUCUUGGGUUCGACGAAAUCUGUUCCUCGUCUGUACGUUGUCGUCAGUGAUCGUUGGUACCGUGGGAGGCUCACUUCUCAGAUUGCUGUCUUUGGAUGAUGACGUCAUAGCGAUGAUCGGUCUACCUGGUGAACUGUUCAUGAACAUGCUACGAUCGAUGAUUCUUCCACUCAUCGUCGCCAGCCUUGUCUCGGGAGUUUCGAUGCUCGAUGGGCGAACCGCCGGUAAGCUAAGCACCAGGUCAUUCGUUUACUACACAGCAGCAACGCUCCAUGCAGUGCUCCUUGGUGUCGUAAUCGCCACUGUAAUUCAUCCUGGCGAUCCCACUAUCAAGGAGGGAUUGCGCGCUGAACGAGCACUGCCUUCGCAAGGGAGAAUCUUUGACAAGAUUGGAGAUGUUUUAAGGAAUAUGUUCACGGAGAAUCUAAUUCGAUCAAUGUUCCAACAACAGCAGACCAUCUACAAGCUGAUGGAAUCGAAUGCCACCGCAGAAGACGCGACACGUGCCCUUGUGUGGACAGAUGGAAUGAACGUUAUCGGUCAGUUGAAGGUCUUCUUUUUAUGGAGUGGUUCAUUAGGAUCUGUCUAG